AUGUGGGGGUCACUGUCCGUGGUACGUGAACAGUCUGUUACGUCCUCGGGCGCAUCACAUGCCCGCGAAGAACCCGACCGCGAGACCUCGGACGAGAACAUGCCCCUCUUGUCAGACCUUGAGGCCAAUCACCGGACAUAUCAUACGAAUGGUGAUUCGCGACCAGAGGCUGUUGGCAAGCGAAGCGCGCGGGGUGCGGUGAAGGACUUCACGGUUCGGAUAGCGAGGGAGUCCGCACCCGUCGCGAAGGAUGCCUUGAGAUCGAUACCCGCCGCUAUACUGGGCACUCUCCUCAACAUCCUGGACGGCGUUUCUUACGGCAUGAUUAUAUUCCCUGCUACUGGCGUUUUCGAGCAUCUUGGCGGCGUCGGCGUGUCGAUGUUCUUUGUGAGCGCCAUCGUCUCGCAACUGAUAUAUUCCGCCGGCGCGAGCGGUUUCGCAGGAGCUAACGGGAGUAUGAUGAUUGAAGUCGUGCCGUUCUUCCAUCUCAUCGCCAAUGGUAUCGCGGAGGAGAUAGGAGAGGAGAACCCUCGAGCAGUGAUCGCGACCACGAUGGUUGCCUUCGCAUUCUCGUCUAUUCUCACGGGCUUGACAUUCUUCCUCUUGGGAGCGUUACGUCUGGGAACCUUGAUCGGCUUUUUUCCACGUCAUAUUCUAGUUGGCUGCAUAGGUGGCGUCGGCGUGUUCCUGGUGAUCACAGGCCUUACCGUGAGCACCCGGAUGUCGGAUGACGACUUUUCGCUAUCACUGGAGACGUUCAAGUACCUCGUCCUGAACGUUGGCAAUCUUGUUCUAUGGCUUCCCGCAUUUGGUCUCGCCGUGCUCCUACGCUUCAUCACGCAUAAAUGGGAUCAUCAACUCAUCUUUCCUAUCUAUUUCUGUAUCAUACCCGCAGUGUUCUAUAUUGUUGUGACUGCCGCAAGGAUAAAGCUCGGAGACCUGAGAGAGGCCGGGUGGCUGUUUGAUAUGAGCACGUCACGCGAGCCGUGGUGGUACUUUUACACGCUCUUCGAUUUCGGCGCCAUGAAUUGGGGAGCGUUUUGGUCUGUCAUGCCCACACAACUUGCAUUAUUGUUCUUCAACAUCCUACAUCCGCCACUAAACGUUCCGGCGCUGGCUGUAUCAUUGAACCAUGACGCGAACACAGACAAGGAGCUCGUCGCGCACGGAUACUCGAACCUCCUUGCUGGCCUUAUAGGCACUGUACCUAACUACCUAGUAUAUGUCAACACCUUGCUCUUCUACCGGGUAGGCGGUGACACGCGCGUCUCCGGGUUCAUGCUAGCAGGCACCACUACACUUCUGCUGCUAGUCGGAACUGGUCCUAUCGCAUUUAUCCCGGUCAUGGUUGUUGGCGCGCUCAUCUUCGUCCUCGGUAUCGACCUUGUCAAGGAAGCACUCUGGGACACACGGCACCGCGUCAGCCGGAUGGAGUACAUUACCAUCAUCAGCAUCAUGAUUGUAAUGACGGUGUGGGACUUCGUGACCGGGGUUCUCUUUGGUAUCAUCGUCAGCUGUUUCUUCUUCGUGGUACAAAGCUCGCAGCGCCAGAGCAUCCGUGCCCUCUACAGUGGAGACAGUGUUGUGUCCACCGUGCGCCGGCCCGGCGCUCAUCGCGCGUACCUUCGUGAUGUGUCGAAGCAGACGACGGUCAUGCGUCUGCAAGGCUUCUUGUUCUUCGGUACCAUCACACAUGUCGAGGACGCUAUCCGGGCACUACUCGAUGAGCCCGCGUGGCAGCGAACGCCCAUACGUUUCCUUGUCCUCGACCUCGCGCUCGUCGCCGGAGUAGAUAUGAGCGCCGCGGAGGCGUUCGUGCGGGUCCAGAGGCUGCUUGCGAGCAAGAGAGUCGUGUUGGUAUUGUGCGGCUUCCCGGUUGACAGCGGUGUUGGACGUGCUCUGAGCAAUGUUGGACUGUUCGAAAUGGCGGGGGUCGAGUUGUUCGAGACGUUCAGCGGUGCUAUUGAGUGGACUGAAAAUACCUACCUUCGUGCAUGGUUUACUACGCAGAAGACAGAGGUUCUCCCAGUUACUCUUCCCGGCAGGCAGGACGAUGCCAUCCCCUUCUACGGUUCUGUCAUCGACAGUCCGAGACGCGCUGCCCUCGUCGGCGCAGGUUGGCGUACUAUCGCACGAGAUCACUCGCCACCGGACGACCUGCCUGCGCCUGAACCAUUCAACACGCUCGUCCGCGCGUUCUCGCCAUACGAGCAGAUCGAUCAGGAGACAUUCGCACCGCUGAUACCCUACCUGAAGCGGAUGUCUGUACCUGAGAGCACCGUGAUCUGGGAACAAGACCAGCCUCCCGAUGGUCUAUAUAUCGUCGAAUCCGGCAUUCUCCGUGCGACCUAUAACUUUGCCGAUCCUACGCCUCCUAUGAUUGAGACGAUGGUACCGGGCACCAUUGCGGGAGAGUUGUCCACACUGUCUGGGUUGGAGCGAAACGCAACAUGCGUCGUGGAGCGAUCUGCUGUACUCUGGAAGUUGUCUAACGAGAAUCUCGCCCGAUUGGAGCAAGAACAGCCUGAGCUGGCCCGGGUCUUCACGAGAUUGAUUCUAAAGGUGGCCAAGUUGGAUUACGAUAUGCUCAUUACGGCGCUGGCGACGAGACAGUAA